CAAUAAGACAUCGCUUCGAAUCUGUAUUACUCGAGCACGCUUAUAAUAAAAGGCGUCAAAUAUAUUGGUUUGCCUGAUAGAGAGAAGUGUGUCAAGCGACAAACAGACCGGAGAUUGGAGAUCUGUAUAUUUGUUACGAUGGAUUAUCUGGCUGUCCUUAUUCCUCUCAUUAUCGGAUUAACGAAUCUUCAAUCCAUCUCGUCAGAGGAAGUAACAAUACUGGACACAACACAAGCCACAUCGGAUCUUGGUUGGACCGCGUCCGGAACCGGGUGGACCGAACUGACGAACCACGACGAGACGGACGCUGAUCUCAGAACCUUCCAAGUUUGUCACAUUCGAUCCCCCCACCAAAACAACUGGCUGAAAACGAACUUCAUAAACGUCACCACAACGCAACGAGUUUACGUUGAAAUUAAAUUCACGAUAAGAUCAUGCGACGGCAUACGUGGUGUUGUUUCAUGCAAGGAAACGUUUAACUUGUAUUACUUGGAGUCAAACCACAAGAACGACCGACGGUCUCUGCGUUUGAACGAGGAUACAUACACAAAGGUUGAUACGAUUGCAGCCGAUGAACGGUUUAAGCCUGACACACGAGUAGAGGCGAAUACUGAAACCCGGAUGAUAUCACCGAUCAGAAGCAGAGGAUUAUACAUCGCUUUCCAGGACACUGGGGCUUGCAUGUCGAUCAUGCACGUGCGGGUUUACUACAAAUCCUGCCAAGAGACUUUACGAGGCCUCGCCAUCUUCCCCCCAACCGUAUCCGGCCCUAUGAUGACGUCACUUGUCGACGUUCCAGGACAAUGUGUCCCCAAUUCAGCGACGAUGAAAAACACAAAAGCUCCAAGUUUGCAUUGCAACGGAGAAGGCGAGUGGCUUGUGCCUACUGGAUCAUGCAGCUGCAACCCUGGCUAUGAACCCAACAAUCAACUGACUGAAUGCAAUCAAUGCAGUGUCGGGAGGUUCAAGCACGAAGUUGGGAACGUUCCUUGCCAACCUUGCCCUGCUAGAAGUUUCAACGUCAACUUCGCUUCUACAAUGUGUAUGUGUAUAUCAGGAUACUACAGAUCACCUGGUGACAGGCCCGAUGCUCCAUGCACAAGAACACCUUCCAAACCAUCCACAUUGGAGUCAUCUGUGAACAAAACUUCGGUUAAGCUGACGUGGGUUGAACCAAGAAAGAGUGGCGGAAGGACUGAUAUUACAUACAGUGUAACAUGCGAACGAUGUGACGCCACAUACACAUUAUGCUCACGUUGUGGGGAAGGCGCUGACUUCAUUCCAGGAAGAACUCGACUCACAAAGGGGUCGCUGUUGGUUCGAGACCUUGCCCCGCACACUGAUUACAAAUUCAAAGUUUACUCAUUCAACGGGGUAUCAGGUGUGAGCGGGUUACGACCUGCAUUUGCUGAGAUUCGUAUUCGAACCAACCAAGCUGCGCCAUCUGCCGUCCAACCUGUGCGAGUGGUUAUGGCGACAUCUGCAGAAGUUUUGCUCCAAUGGAGCCCACCUCGUUACAGCAGCAAUCCUAUAUUAGACUACCAGAUUCAAUAUAGCAGCAUACAUGGCCUCUUUACAAACGUGACAACCAAAACAACUUACAAGCUCUCCAAUCUUUCACCAUCAACAUCCUAUAUUGUACAGGUUCGAGCACGCAGUAAAGUCGGUUACGGCCUUUACAGCAGGGCUUCUGCUUUCCGCACGAAACCAGUGAAGUCAUCAACCGCACACUAUGUUCUAACCAAUCCCCAUGGAGCAUCUGUGGAUAUUGAUGGUGGAAACGAUAACAUGGUUCAUGAUACGACAGUUAAACCUUCAAGCAACCAUAACCGUUUAGUUGUGGCGGUUUGUGUGGCUUGCUCGUUUUUAGUGAUCACACUUUGUGCGUUGCUUAUUCUAUGCGGGCGAAGAAACCGGUAUGCGAAAGCUGUUGAAUCGGAUUUAGAGAAAUACCCGGGAUUUAUUAACAGUUCAGUUGAUCUACUCAGCACACGAACAUACGUCGACCCAAGCACCUACGAAGAUCCUUACAAUGCUGUGAAGGAAUUUGCGAAAGAAAUUGAUUUUAAACUGGUGAACAUUGAACAAGUUAUUGGCCGAGGAGAGUUCGGCGAAGUAUGCAAAGGCACUUUCUUCAACAAGUGUGUCGCAAUCAAGACGUUAAAAGUUGGUUACAAUACUCAAGAAAGGUCCGACUUCCUUGGCGAGGCUUCGAUCAUGGGGCAGUUCGAUCAUCCGAAUGUCAUCAGGUUGGAAGGAGUUGUCACUAAAAGUCGACCCUUGAUGAUAAUAACAGAGUUUAUGGAGAAUGGAUCACUGGACGCGUUUCUAAGGAACCAAGAAGGAAAGAUACCUUCAGCGCAACUAACCGAGAUGUUGCUGAGCAUUGCACAGGGAAUGGAAUAUCUUUCGAAUAUGGGUUACGUACAUAGAGACCUGGCUGCCAGGAAUAUACUGGUCAACUCAAACCUGGUGUGCAAAGUCUCAGAUUUUGGACUCAGUCGAGUUUUGGAGCAACUGGAAGAAGACGACGUGGCUAUGUAUACGACAAGGGGCGGCAUGAUCCCAAUAAGAUGGACUUCCCCAGAAGCGAUAACGAUGCGAACGUUUAGUACUUCUAGUGAUGUUUGGAGCUUUGGGAUCGUAAUGUGGGAAGUGAUGUCUUUCGGGGAACGGCCUUACUGGGAAAUGUCGAACCAAGACGUCGUUCAAUUCGUCGAUAGCGGUUACCGCCUCCCGCCCCCUUGUUACUGCCCUCGUAUAAUACAUUCAGUCAUGCUUGAAUGCUGGAAACGGGACCGAACGCAACGACCAAACUUCAGUCACUUGGUGACGCUGUUGGACAGGUUUCUGUUGGAAGCAGACUGCCUCACAGACACGAUAAACAACAGACCAUUUCGAGAUCAGGACGAUUGCAUUCCUGAGAUGUUGGAUCUGUCUUCCCUUGGUCAAUGGUUAGAGCAGAUGCAUAUGCUUAAAUAUAAACAAACCAUGAUGAGACAUGGGUGCGUGACUGCUGAGCAAAUCAUUAGAUUAACAGCUAGCGGUCUUGCUCACAUGGGUUUUAGUGAUAUGAAUGACGUCAACACAGUAUUACGUGAAGCUGACCUCUUACGUCAAAAAAUCGAGGAAGUCGGUAACGUUGGUGUUGCUGUGUGAUCUGCACAUGUGAUUGUGGUGUUAUUUUCACACCUACCGAUACCUAAUCUCUCAAAGAGACCACAUCGUCCAAGGGAGAAGUCAGUACAGUUCCAAACCACAAGUUCGAGAUGCCACCUAUUAAGUCCGAUUGAAAUUUGGAUAACAUAUUCCAAGCGUAUUGUUUGUUUAUAUCACACUUAGAGCUUGCCUUGAGAGAGACUUGUGCGAGUUCUAGUCAACUGUUCACAUAUAUUCACUUUACUUCAUUUGAUACGUACUUUCAAUGGCGUUUACUUCACCAUCUGGUUUUCUGUUUGUUAUUUAUCCCACGACGUAAUACACUGUUUUUUUUUCUAUUUAUUUCACGGUAUGCUGUUUACGAUUUAUCCAAAAAAUGAUCUGGCUACCAGACACUGUUCACAGCGCACCGACUUUGACAAUUAUUUUGCUGCACACACCGUACACGAGGCUGGGUUUCUUCUAUUUUUCAUCUUUGUAAAUAUUAUUUGUGUUUUUCAAUAUUUUUAUACAAGUAACGUCCAUAGGAAUAAAACUGUUUGAGAUUGCUGC